AUGGAAGAAGACGAUGUUGACGCUAUUAUCGAGGAAAACGGUGUUGACUACGAAAGCGAUUCCGAGCUUUCCUCAAACCUCCGUGACUUUGCCGCCGCUGCUCAGUCCGGUGACGUCGUCGCCUUGCGCACCGCCAUUGACAAUCUGAAUGGGAGAGUUGAUGAGCCACUUGAGGAUAAUGACUCGGCACUUCACCUUGCGUGUCUCUAUGGUCACCUUCCUAGUGUUCAGCUUCUCCUGGAGAGAGGUGCUAAUAUGGAGAUCAAAGAUGAAGAUGAAGCCAUUCCUCUGCAUGAUGCUUGUGCUGGAGCUUCUCCUGGAGAGAGGUGCUAA